GGCCCGGACCCGCGCCGCCCGCGACUCUUCUUCGGUCUUGGCCGUCUCCAGUCCCGACCUCUGUCGGUCUUUCUGGCAUCUUCUCUGUCUCUGUCUCUCUCCCUGUCUCCCCAGUCGCUCUCGGAGAUGAGGGCGGGCCGGCGCGGUUCGCUGCAAGGCGAGCGCGGGCAGGGGAUUGCACUGGACAGCGUUAUCCGCGGACCUAUAGACCGGGCGCCCAGGCAUGGAUCAGCGCCCGUCACCAUGGACCCUCCAUCCCUGGACACAGCCAUCCAGCAUGCCCUAGCGGGCCUCUAUCCUCCUUUUGAGGCCACAGCACCCACUAUCUUGGGCCAGGUGUUCCGGCUCCUAGACUCUGACUUCCAAGGGGACGGGCUGAGCUUCCUCCUGGAUUUCCUGAUCCCUGCCAAGCGCCUGUGUGAGCAAGUGCGCGAAGCAGCCUGUGCCCCCUACUCGCACUGCCUCUUCCUGCACGAAGGCUGGCCGCUCUGUCUGCGGGAUGAGGUUGUGGUCCACUUGGCACCCCUCAACCCCCUCUUACUGCGCCAGGGAGACUUCUACCUCCAAGUCGAGCCCCGGGAGGAGCAGUCUGCCUGCAUCAUGAUCACGUGCCUCUCCCUGGACCUCCGCACAGUGAAUAAGAAGCCUGUCCCCGAGUCAGCCUAUCCUGGACUUUUCACCCAAGAAUGGCUGGAGGCCAUCAACAAUGACUUUGAGGGAAGCCCCCUUCGCAACUGCCUGGUGGCUUCAGAACAUGGGGUUGUCCCUGUGCCUUGGACCAAGAUAACCAGCCCAGAAUUUGUGGAUGCCAGACCCCAAGCCAUGGAUGUCCUCUCCCCAGCUUGUGGGUCCCUUCAACUAGAAGCACUGGAUGUGAGCAGCUCUCCAGGGCCACACCAGGCCAGGUCCCCAGGCACCCAGGAGUUUCUUGCCCAGAGCAUGGCCGAGGGUAAGGGCAGGACACACAGACACAAGUAUCCGGGACUUAUCAAGGUAGAGCAGGCCAGGCCUGGGGAGGUGGCCCUCAGAAUGAACAGUGUGGCCAGCCAGGACUUGGAGGGAGACUACGUGGCUCUCCUAGACUUUCCCCGAGAGAGCAGAGCAGAGUGUCCCAGGCAGGGGGUGGGGACAGCCAGUGGGUGUACUCCGGGAGCACUAGAGGAGCUCUCUGGGACUGAGGAAAUUCCUCUCUCUCAAAGGAUGCCGCCUGACCCAGAGGUCAGUGAAGAACCUUCCUUGGAAAAAUGGGCAAAGCCAGCCAGCUCAGAGGGGGAGCCCUGCAUUUUGGGCUUGAGGAGAAAGACCAACCGUAAAGCCUCCACCCAUGACCCAGAAUGGCAGCCCCAAGGGCCCUACGUCAAUGUCCUUGAUAACCCAUUGAAUGAUGCCUGGAGCCUUGGGGCAGGUGUCUCAGAAGAGCCAGCUACCUCUAAGACUGAGGGACCUCUGGGACACCCAGAGACUGUGGGCCAGCUCAGGCCUGGACCAAGACGAGCCUCUUCUCCUCGCCUGUCUCCAGCUUCCCCUGCAGCUCCAGUUUCUAGAACAAAAAUGGAGAAGAAGACCAAACAGGGAAACAGGAGGCUUCUCAAGCCCAUGGCUUGCUCUAGUCAAAAUACCUCCCCUUCUGGGUCUCCUACUCCUGGACUUAAAUUCUCCUUCUUGAAAGGGCAGAGACAAACUCCUGGGCCCCCAGAGAAAGCCUCGCUCCAGCAUGAUGGGCCUUGGAAGGUCCUGUGUUCUCUCUAUGCGUCUAAACCCACCCGAGCCAAGUCCGCGGUAAAAGCUGGAACAACUCAGACUAGAACGUCUGGCUCAGCUGCUGACUCAGGCCCAUUGACUGAGGAAAAGGCUGAUUUCCCAGAAGCUUCAGCAGGACCCCCAGAGAGAGGCCCCGCCCUGGAUGAGGCGCCCUCAGGGCCUGAGCCCAAGAUUGGGGCUGUGGGUGUUGAAGUUUUCCACUCCAGGAUAGCGUGCCUGCCAGGUGGUCGGGACAGGGCAGGGCGGCCCCUGCUUCUGGUGUCCACUACAGAGGGAGCCUGGGAGGCCCCGUGGUGCACGGCCCCGGAGGUCACCAAGCUGCUCUCCUACUUGUGCUCGGUCCCCAGGUCCGAAGAUGCAGCCAAGGGGCUGGUGGUCGUGAUUGAUGCCAGCAAACAGCCCCUGCAUCCUGGUCUGGUCCGUGCCCUGCAGGCCACCCAGGUGCUGCUCCCAGCCUCCAUCGGGGCCAUUCUCCUCCUGGGGGACAAGGAGGCUGCCCUCCAGCUGCAGGCCUUACCUGACGUCCAGGUGGAGAUGCUGACCUCACUGAAGGCCCUCAGCUACCACGUGGAUCCUAACCAGCUGCCUGAAGCCCUGGAAGGCCCCUUCCCCUACUGUCACAGCGAGUGGGUGCAAUUCUUCCAGAAGAUGGACCCUUUCCUUGCUGCGCUCCGCCAAGCCUCCUCCCUGCUACAAGCUUCCAUCGAGGAGUUUGAGAAGGGCGACCCCCCUGGGGGAGUACAGGAGGCUACCAGGUGCCUGAGCAAGUCCAAGGAGCUGAUGGAGGCCGUACUGAAGGACCCGGGCCUCCUGAGCCUCCAACAGGAAGGUGGAGCCACCCUGGCCAGGCUGCAGAGGGAGGCCAGCAGGCUGGACUUCAACCCCGAUGUCAGGAACCACCUGGCGGAAGCUGCUGCCCUGUACAGCCUCGUAGAUGAGCAGCUUCACGUCCUGGUCACUGCGUCCAACCACCUCCUGGGGAAGCUGGAGCUCCGCGUCCGCCUGGGCCGCCUGGAAGCCGCCAUCCAGCAGGUCAGCGACUGGAUGGAGCAGGAAGGAAGCCAGUGCCUGCAAAUGCUGACCCCCAAGGAUGGAAGUGUGGAGACUGUGGAGAAAGCCCAGGCAGAGUUUGAGGACUUUUUCCUUCAGGCCGCAGCCCAGUACCGCAGAGGCCUGGAGUUGUCCAAGCAGGCGGCCCAGCUGGGAGCUGCAGCCCAAGGAUCCAGAGAGGGGGGAAGGACAGAGUCCCCAGAGCUGGCAGCCUUCAGCUCUACCCAGCGGACCUUCCAGGCUAAGUUGACCCACUUCUACAUGGCGGCAGAGCGGCAACGCACUGACCUCGAGACGCUGCUUCACCUGCACCGCUUCUUCAAGAAGAUGACCUGGUUCCACAUGGACUGUCAGGACCUGAUGACUCAGCUGCAGCUGGGCAAGACCCAGAGGGCCAGCCCCAGGGACCAGCGCCGUCUCCACCGCUACCUGCAGCGACUGGAGGCCGAGUUCCCUCCUGAGAAGCUCUCGGCCAUGGGGCUGCAGGUGGCCUCCCUGAGCAGACCAAGUCUAGGCCAGGACCUGUGGGGGGAGGCGCAGGCCAGACACCAGGAGAUCCGGACCCUCCUGAAGAAGGCCUUGGCCCACUGUCCAUGCCCAGCGGCUGCCUCUGCUCACUCAGCACGUCCAGAGAGAAGAGGGGUAGCUGCCAAGGGCCAGGGUCUCAAUGAGGAACUCACUUCCAAGGGGAGGUGGGACUUGCUCCUCCAGGACUCACCGGGCGGGGAUCCUUUGCCCAAAUCCUGUUGGCCUCUUUGGGCCACCAGAGCCAGGCAGAACACAAGUUUCCAGGCAGGCCCGGCACCUCAGGGAGCUGGAGAGGCCGACGAAGGCAGAGGCCUGCAUGAGCUGCCUCAUCCUGCCCCCGAGCCCUUUCCUGCCCCACUUCUCUUCUGGCAGAAGCUCCACAAACAGGGCUGGGUGCCCCACUCCACUGGGGGCAGCUUCUCCUCAGAGGGGACAGACUCACAGACCUCUCUGGAGGACUCACCCCAGACCAGUCCCCCUGCCUCACUCUAGGGGGGUCCCCCCCAGAUGGCUGGGAUGGGGCCCAGCUAGAGGGAGCUGGAGAGCCCUGACCAGCCCCGUCGGGAUGCAGCUACCGAGCACUGGGUUCACAUUUGCCGUGCUGGAAGGCUGGGAACCCUGGGCCUGCUCCUAGCCCAAGGAAACUCUGGGAAGUUCUGAUUCUCACUCAGGUGGAAUGGCAACAGUGGGAGUCUCAGCCAGGACUCAGUGAUGGGGUGACUGGCUCUGCAGCUCUGGGUCUCCGGAAGUCUCACCUGUAACAGGCCUGGCGCCCUGCUGGGACUCAGGGGAGCACACAGGCCUUCCCCUUAGGCAGGCAGCCAUAGUCACCUCCUACAGAAUCCAUGGGCAGGAGACCUGGGAGUGGCUUUGUCAGCGAUAAAACUAACUCUGGAAAAUGUUGAA